AUGAAGUUCUCCAUCGCUGCCGUUGCCGCCGUCGCUGGCCUUGCUGCCGCCUCCCCUUCUGCUCCCGCUACCAACGAUGUCUUUGCUCUUGGCAAGCGUGCUUCCCUCCCUGUCCCUGCCUCCAAGGGUUCCGUCACUCUCAAGGCCCCUCAGGAGGUCAGCGGUACUUUUGAUGGAGGCAUGAAGACCUACGGCCGUGGUGUCAGCUGCACUGGUCAGGUCGAGGGUGGUAACAAGGACACUGUCUUCAUGGUCAAGAACGGUGGUACUCUCAAGAACGUCAUCAUUGGCAAGGACCAGAUCGAGGGUAUCCACUGCGAAGGAUCUUGCACCAUCGAGAACGUCUGGUGGGUCGACGUUUGCGAGGAUGCUCUUACCCUCAAGGGUGACGGUAACGCCAUGAUAAAGGGUGGAGGUGCCCAGGCCGCCGACGACAAGGUCAUCCAGCACAACGGAAAGGGAACAGUCACCAUUGACGGCUUCACCGUCGUCAACUUCGGCAAGCUCUACCGUGCCUGCGGUAACUGCAAGAACAGCGUUGCCCGCUCCCUCGUCGUCAAGAACGUCAAGGCCUACAACGGAAAGGUCCUCACUGGCAUCAACCCCAACUUCGGUGACAGCGCCUCCAUCUCCAACACGUGCGCUACGUCCGUCAAGACCAUCUGCGAGGAGUUCAAGGGCACCACCCCCGGAAACGAGCCCCAGUCCGUCUCCAAGGGCCCCUCCAACAACUGCAAGUACACCGCUUCCGCCAUCAAGGCUUGCUAG